AUGUCUUCCCGACCCAUCCACCUCGACCCCAUCCCCUCCCCACAUCCCCAGCAUCCUCCUCCUCCUCCUCCCUCCUGCACCCCCUACACCCCCAAGUCUUCUAUCCCACCGCCUCCCGCGUACACCGCCUCAGACGCAAACGCUCCAUCGCAAGAACAGGAAUAUCCCACUACUCCAACAACACUUCCACCAGCAAUCGAAGCACAAACACCCACCACACCCGAACCCAGCGUCUCUCCUACACCCACGGACGCGGUGGCGGCGUCGCCGCGGGAUCUGGAGGCAGGAAGGAGCAGAAGAAGGAAGAUACUGGGGGUGUUGCGCGAGGUGCUGAGUUAUGUUGCACUUGCAUUUUUCAUGUUUGUGUUGGGGAGUUUUCUUUAUGUUUUCGUUAGACUAUUGUUACUUGCUGUGAGAGAGGUGGGGCGGGCAUAG